AGAUUAAAACUAGUUCAUUCAUUUGUAAUCAAGGCUUCAUGUUAAAUCUAUUAAAAUGCCGAUGAGUAUUUUAUCGUAAAGCUAGAAUAAGAAAGCUGUCCUUUGAAAGAGCCAAGUCACAAAAUGAGAUUUUGGUUAAUCUUAUUUGGUGUUGGUUUCUUUUUUGAUUUGAUUGUUGGACACACAACUGAUGGGACCAAACAGAAUGAAGCUUUAGUUGCCUCUUCCUCAUCAUCGUCCUCUUCAUCAGUGUCUUCAUCAUCGUCUUCAUCGACCAAAUCAGCCUCAAUCAAUUCAAAAAACCAAUGGAAUGUGAAACCUCCGAAAAGUGAAUUAUCAUUCGUCCCCAACUAUGUUCAACGGAAUCGAGUCCAAGAUUUAAAUAAGUCGCCCGAAUCCAAACCAGCUGUUGGAAGUACCCUUGAUGUGACUACCUCAAGUCCAAAUGAAAGUCAGAUUGAGUCUCCUUUGGCUAGCUUUAAUCAAACCAUCAAUCCAUCUUCAAAUUCAACUGCAGGGUCAAAAGAAACUGGAUUUGAAGUGAAAAGUUUAGAUGAGAUUCUAGAUUUAGCUGGUUUAUCAAGACUCGAUGUUGUCCCUUCAACUGAUCCAGGAACCUUUUUAGUCAAGACACGAUUCAAGUCCACAGGAUCGUGUACAAAAACGUCCACAAAGAAAUCUAAAAAGAAGUCAAAGAAAAAGUCAUCAAAAAAGUCAAGUAAAAAGUCAAAGAAAAAGUCCAAGAAGAAGAAGAAAAAGAAGAAGAAGAAGAAGUCUUGCUGUUGUUGCUGCUGCUGAAAAUUGAUUUACAAAGAUUUAAACUCUUUAUUGAAUCAAUUGCUCUUGAAACAGAUAUUCAUUAAUUGUUUCAUUUCAUAUUUAAAAUUAAAGUCAAAUUGAAACCAAUAAAACUCAUUACCAAAGGGUACAAAAUUACUCACCGUA